GGAGACUCAAACUACCUGCAUGCAAGUAUAAAUUCUACGUUGAAAAUAACUUUUUCUUUUCUUUCCUUUUUAUUGCAAACAUGUUUUGGAAAAAGAAAGAAAAGAAACAAGAAGAAUCUACCAAUCCUUUUGAAUCAGGUAGUCAGCCUUCCUCCCCUGCUCCCUCUUAUUCUCCUGCUCCUUCCUAUACUACACAGCCUCAAGAAAGUCGUUAUGGCGGUUCCCGUGAGGCUGACCAGAGAAAUGAAUUAAUGGGAGGCAGAGACGACUAUAAUAGCCGAGAAGAAUAUGGAGGAAGAGGCGGUAGUCGCUAUAACAGUGCAAGACAAGACAACCUCUAUGAAAAUGAUCAAGAUGAGGAAGUGCAAAUUGCUGGUAUUAAGCAACAGAUAAAGAACGUCAAGCAAGACUCUUUACAAAGUACUCGUCUCGCUCUUCAGAAAAUCCAUGAAACAGAAGCCACAGCUGCCAAUACGAUGAACAUGCUAGGACAGCAAUCAUCCCAAAUUGCCAAUGUGAAUCGCCACUUGGACUUGUCUAAAGCUUAUUCAGACAGAGCAGCCAACCAAGCAGAAGAGUUAAAGCAGUUGAACCGAUCUAUCUUUAUUCCCGUCGUGUCUAAUCCAUUCAGAAGAAAAGAAAGAGAACGCAAGGAAUUAGAGGCUAAGCAAAGAGACCACGCAGAACAUAUGGCAGAGCGUGAUAACAUCCGUCAAUUUGAAUAUGAAUCACAGCAACGUAUUCAAGAGACAGCACGUAUGAACAAUAGCCAAACUAGACAAGAGCGUAGAGGGCGUUCAGAAGCAGAUCGUCGUCGUUAUCAAUUCGAAGAAGACUCUGAAGAUGAUGCUAUUGAAGAUGAGAUUGAUGACAAUUUGGAUCUACUAGGAGGUGCUACUUCUCGUUUAAAGAACAUGGCUUUGACAAUGAACACUGAAUUAGAUCGUCAAAAUGAUGAAUUAUCAAAGACAAUCAACAAGGUGGAUCCUUUAAGUAAGAAGCUUAUUAGCACAACAGACAAAUUGAACAGAACUAGAUAAUAAUAAUAAUAGUAAUAAUAAUAAUAAUAAACACAUGUGUUACACGCUUGUUA